UUCAGCCGCCCAACUUCCUUGCCAGUAGUUAGCUGUGACACAACCCCUCCAAGGUACAAGGUCCUCUGCUAUCAACGCAACCUCACCACAGCUCCCACAACAACCUCCACUGCACACUCACCCAUCCAUAACCACCACCACAUUUAGACAUCAAUCACCAUGGCCGACGUCGAAAUGAAAGAUGUCAAGGGAAAAAGCGCUGCCGCCGGUGGUAAGCCACGCUUCGAAGUGAAGAAGUGGAGUGCCGUCGCCCUCUGGUCGUGGGAUAUCGUCGUCGAGAACUGCGCCAUCUGCCGUAACCACAUCAUGGAUCUCUGCAUCGAGUGUCAGGCCAACCAAGCCAGUGCUGUCACCGAGGAGUGCACUGUCGCGUGGGGAAUCUGCAACCACGCGUUCCACUUCCACUGCAUCUCGAGGUGGCUCAAGACCAGACAGGUGUGUCCGCUGGACAACAGAGACUGGGAGUUCCAGCGUUACGGAAAAUAGAUGGCUGGUUAUGGUAAUGAAGCAGAUGGGAUGAAUAGUUCUCCUGGAGGGGCUUCAAGGCGUUUUUGCGCGUCUUUUACGAUCUGUUGUUGCAUAACUGGAUAGCAUGGGUUCUGGAUAAUGAAUACCUCGGGUGCACAACUAAUUAAGCUGGGUUGAUCACCUAUAUGACAGUGUGGG